UAGUUUCCAGCCCCGCGCUCCCCGAUCCUCCCCAGCUCGCGCCAGAGCCACAACUUUCAGGAGCAUGGACUGAAGGCGCCCUCGCCCCAGCGUCCCUCUGAGAUCCUUUGUGUUUCCCUCGGUUUCCUCUGGCUGUUUCUAUUUUGGGGGGCUCUUCGCUCCCCCCGCCUUUACCCGCCCCUUCCCCGCUCGCAAACAUGCCUUCUUCCUUCCCCGGGCCCUGGAAGGAGCUGCCUGCCUGAAGCCCGGAGACGCAGCGCCGCGCUCAGCCCCGCCGCCGCCCGCCGGCUCUCGGGCUGCGCUGCCGACUCAAGUUGGGGAUCCUCGGCUGCUCGCCGCCGCCGCCUGCGGUCCCUGCCUACCCCGGGCCCCAGGCAUCACUGCCGCCCGCCGACUCCUCGCCCUGCCCGCUCGGCUCGCUCCUUUUUGAACGGAAAGCAGCCCUUCUCCGCCGAGGAUCGUCCCCAGCGUGGCUCCGCGUUCUCGGUCACUUUUUGAGAUUUUCCGGGGGGCGCUCGGCGGCUUCCCGGAUUCCAGGGGGACUCGGUCCGCUGAGCGCGGGGGCCCAGUAGAGCGGACUAGCAAGGGAAGAGCCCGGGCUUAGCGAAGGCUUACACCGAGGCAAGAACUUAUUCAACAAGUUUACCCCCCCUGCUUUCUUCUUUUCGAUGUGCGUUUUCGGACAUGCGGAGGUUACUGGAACCGUGUUGGUGGAUUUUGUUCCUGAAAAUCACCAGUUCCGUGCUCCAUUAUGUCGUGUGCUUCCCCGCGUUGACAGAAGGCUACAUGGGGGCCCUGCACGAGAACAGACAGGGCAGCUCGGCGCAGAUCCGCAGGCGCAAGGCUUCCGGCGACCCGUACUGGGCCUACUCGGGUGCCUACGGUCCUGAGCACUGGGUCACGUCUAGUGUCAGCUGUGGGGGCCAUCACCAGUCACCUAUAGACAUUUCAGACCAGCAUGCACGUGUCGGUGAAGAGUACCAGGACCUGCAACUUGAUGGCUUUGACAAUGAGUCUUCCAACAAAACCUGGAUGAAAAACACAGGGAAAACAGUUGCCAUCCUUCUGAAAGACGACUAUUUUGUCAGCGGUGCUGGCCUCCCUGGCAGAUUCAAAGCUGAGAAGGUGGAAUUUCAUUGGGGCCACAGCAAUGGUUCUGCAGGCUCUGAACACAGCAUCAACGGCAGGCGGUUCCCUGUGGAGAUGCAGAUUUUCUUUUACAAUCCAGAUGACUUUGACAGCUUUCAAACUGCCAUUUCUGAAAACAGAAUAAUCGGAGCCAUGGCCAUAUUUUUUCAAGUCAGUCCAAGGGACAAUUCUGCACUGGAUCCUAUUAUCCAUGGGUUGAAGGGCGUCGUACAUCAUGAGAAGGAGACCUUUCUGGAUCCUUUCGUCCUCCGAGACCUCCUGCCUGCAUCCCUGAGCAGCUAUUACCGGUACACAGGUUCUUUGACUACCCCACCGUGUAGCGAAAUUGUGGAGUGGAUAGUCUUCCGGACACCUGUCCCCAUCUCUUAUCAUCAGCUCGAGGCUUUUUAUUCCAUCUUCACCACGGAGCAGCAAGACCACGUCAAGUCAGUGGAGUAUCUGAGAAAUAACUUUCGGCCACAGCAGGACCUGAACGACAGGGUGGUGUCCAAGUCUGCCGUCCGUGAUGCCUGGAACCACGACAUGACAGACUUCUUAGAAAACCCACUGGGGACAGAAGCUUCUAAAGUCUGCAGCUCUCCGCCCAUCCACAUGAAGGUGCAGCCCCUGAACCAGACAGCACUGCAGGUGUCCUGGAGUCAGCCGGAGACGAUCUACCACCCACCCAUCAUGAACUACAUGAUCUCCUACAGCUGGACCAAGAACGAGGAUGAGAAGGAGAAGACGUUCACAAAGGACAGCGACAAGGACUUGAAAGCCACCAUUAGCCCUGUCUCACCUGACAGCCUUUACCUGUUCCGGGUCCAGGCCGUGUGUCGCAAUGACAUGAGGAGUGACUUCAGCCAGACCAUGCUCUUCCAAGCUAAUACCACUCGAAUAUUCCAAGGGACCAGAAUUGUCAAAACGGGAGUGCCCACAGCAUCUCCCGCCUCUUCGGCCGACAUGGCCCCCAUCAGCUCGGGGUCUUCCACCUGGACAUCCUCUGGCAUCCCCUUCUCGUUUGUUUCCAUGGCAACUGGGAUGGGCCCGUCUUCCAGCGGCAGCCAGGCGACGGUGGCCUCGGUGGUCACCAGCACGCUCCUCGCCGGCCUGGGCUUCAGCGGCGGCGGCAUCUCCUCCUUCCCCAGCACCGUGUGGCCCACACGCCUGCCCACGGCCGCCGCGGCCAGCAAACAGGCCGGCAGACCCGUCCCGGCCACACCUGAGGCCUUGGCCUCUCCGGGCCCCGACGGUGAUUCGGCGCCAACCAAGGACGGCGAGGGUGCCGAGGAGGGGGAGAAGGACGAGAAGAGUGAGAACGAGGACGGCGAGCGGGAACACGAGGAGGAGGGCGAGAAGGGCUCCGAGAAGGAGAGGAACGGCGUGACCCACGCCACGCAGGCGCGGAGCAGCACUGAGCCCAGCCCCGCCCCCUCGGCUCCUGGCAGAGCUGCCCAGGAUGGUGGGCGUCAGACUAUAGCCGGGCGUGAGCGGGACCGCACUGCCAUCCCCACCGCCCAGCCCGAGGACGCCCUGGACCCCCGCCCCGUCACCCUCACCCAAGUGCCCCCCACAGUCACAGAGGAGCAUUACAGAGAGAAUGAUCCCAAGAGGCCUGAGAUACCGUCUAAGAAGCCUAUGUCCCCGGGGGACCGAUUUUCUGAAGAUAGCAAAUUUAUCACUGUUAAUCCAGCAGAAAAGAACACCUCUGGAAUGAUAAGCCGCCCUUCUCCAGGGAGGAUGGAGUGGAUCGUCCCUCUGAUUGUGGUAUCAGCCUUGACCUUCGUGUGCCUCAUCCUCCUCAUUGCUGUACUAGUUUACUGGAGAAAAUGUUUUCAGACAGCUCAUUUCUAUGUGGAAGAUAGCAGUUCACCUCGGGUGGUCCCCAAUGAAAGUAUUCCUAUCAUCCCUAUUCCGGAUGACAUGGAAGCCAUUCCUGUCAAACAGUUUGUUAAACACAUUGGUGAGCUCUAUUCUAAUAACCAGCAUGGGUUCUCUGAGGAUUUUGAGGAGGUCCAGCGCUGUACAGCCGAUAUGAACAUCACUGCAGAACAUUCUAAUCAUCCAGAUAACAAGCACAAAAACAGAUACAUCAACAUUUUAGCAUAUGAUCACAGUAGGGUGAAGUUAAGACCUUUACCAGGAAAAGACUCUAAGCACAGCGACUACAUUAAUGCAAACUAUGUCGAUGGUUACAACAAAGCGAAAGCCUACAUCGCCACCCAGGGACCGUUAAAGUCUACGUUUGAAGAUUUCUGGAGGAUGAUUUGGGAACAAAACACUGGAAUCAUUGUCAUGAUUACGAACCUUGUGGAAAAAGGAAGACGAAAAUGUGAUCAGUAUUGGCCCACAGAGAACAGUGAGGAGUAUGGAAACAUUAUUGUCACACUGAAGAGCACAAAAGUACACGCCUGCUAUACUGUUCGUCGUUUUUCAGUCCGAAAUACAAAAGUGAAAAAGGGUCAGAAGGGAAAUCCCAAGGGGCGUCAGAAUGAACGGGUAGUGAUCCAGUACCACUACACGCAGUGGCCCGACAUGGGAGUUCCCGAGUACGCCCUCCCGGUCCUGACCUUCGUGAGGAGGUCCUCAGCAGCCCGGACUCCAGAUAUGGGCCCUGUGUUGGUGCACUGCAGUGCUGGCGUGGGCAGGACGGGCACCUACAUUGUGAUCGACAGCAUGCUGCAACAGAUAAAAGACAAAAGCACAGUCAAUGUCCUGGGAUUCCUGAAGCAUAUCAGGACACAGCGCAACUACCUCGUCCAGACUGAGGAGCAGUACAUUUUCAUCCACGAUGCCUUGUUGGAAGCCAUUCUUGGAAAGGAGACUGAAGUAUCUUCCAGUCAGCUGCAUAGUUACGUUAACAGUAUCCUCAUACCAGGAGCGGGAGGAAAGACACGACUGGAGAAACAGUUCAAGCUGGUCACACAGUGUAAUGCAAAAUACGUGGAAUGCUUCAGUGCUCAGAAAGAGUGUAACAAAGAAAAGAACAGAAACUCUUCAGUCGUGCCCUCUGAGCGUGCUCGAGUGGGCCUUGCACCGUUGCCUGGAAUGAAAGGAACAGACUACAUUAAUGCUUCUUAUAUCAUGGGCUAUUACAGGAGCAAUGAAUUUAUCAUAACCCAGCAUCCUCUGCCACAUACUACGAAAGAUUUCUGGCGAAUGAUUUGGGAUCAUAACGCACAGAUCAUUGUCAUGCUGCCAGACAACCAGAGCUUGGCUGAAGACGAGUUUGUAUACUGGCCAAGUCGAGAAGAAUCCAUGAACUGUGAGGCCUUUACCGUCACCCUUAUCAGCAAAGACAGACUGUGCCUCUCUAACGAAGAACAAAUUAUCAUCCAUGACUUUAUCCUUGAAGCUACACAGGAUGACUAUGUCCUAGAAGUUCGGCACUUCCAGUGUCCCAAAUGGCCUAACCCGGAUGCCCCCAUAAGCAGUACUUUUGAACUUAUCAACGUCAUCAAGGAAGAGGCCUUAACAAGGGAUGGCCCCACCAUUGUUCAUGAUGAGUACGGUGCAGUUUCCGCAGGAAUGCUGUGUGCCCUUACCACCUUGUCCCAACAACUGGAGAAUGAAAAUGCUGUGGAUGUGUUCCAGGUUGCAAAAAUGAUCAAUCUGAUGAGGCCUGGAGUAUUCACAGACAUUGAACAAUACCAGUUUGUCUACAAAGCAAUGCUCAGCUUGGUCAGCACUAAAGAAAAUGGAAAUGGUCCCAUGACAGUGGACAAAAAUGGUGCUGUUCUCAUGGCAGAUGAAUCGGACCCUGCCGAGAGCAUGGAAUCUCUAGUGUGAGCAGAAUCCUGAAAGGGCGCUAAAUUUGUAAAACUUCUGAAGACUGAGAACUUUUUUGAGGCCUUUUUUUGCCAGACUCUACGUUAUACAAUAACCCGGUUACUUUUCUACACUGAUAAAAAGUUUUGAUAUUUAUUUUUUGCCAUUUUAUGUCUUAAUGGUAUCCUACUGAGCAUUUGCACCUCUGUUCAUUUCACACAGUGAAACGCGGUUUUACCUAGUUUGCACUAUCUGAUCAGUGUUACUGCCUAUAAUACUAAAGCAAACCCUGAUGUGACAUUCCGUGACAGCACACAUGCUACUUUUUAAUUAAGUACAGUGAAGGUCUUUGUUAUGACAGUGAAUCUUGGUUUUUUUAAUUAUUAUUAUUGUUGUUGCUAAAGCAGUUGCAUUCUACUAGCAGGCAAUGCUGUACUUUUCCUCAGUUCUCCUCUUCUGUUUUUUCAAGGCACUGUUCGAUACUGUAUGCCUUCUGCAGUUUAAUGGAGUGGAUGAGCACUGUUUUCUUUUAAAGAAUAGCUGGUGUGGGGAAGCUACUCUGAAGGUCUAUCAAACCUCAUGGCCUUGAAACAGUUUCAUUUAUGAUGGGGAAGAUAGCCAUUAAGAAAUUAGAAGGUUUGAGUUGUUUCAUGUGAACAUCACUUAUUAGUUACAAAGUUACAUUCAUAGCUUAAAAAGAAUGCCCAAUUGUGUCAAAAUAAAAGAUAUCUCUGUAUUACAGUUUUCACAGUAGCUAUGUGGACAGUGUGUGUUGUUUCCGUUUUGACUCUCUGAAAUAGCUACACCCCAAAAUCAGGGCCAUCUUUUACCAAAGAGAGAUGGCAAUAUUUUAUAUAACUCCAGUUAUGAAUCCCUUUAGUGAAUCUCCAUUAAUCCUUCAUGGUUUAUAAAAGCAUACCUCAUGGCAGGUGGAAUAAUGAAAAUCUUUGCAGGUGUGUAAUUUUGAAACUAGUCCUCUAAAAUAUUCCUAUUACUCCUAUAGCAGUCUAAUAAAAACUACCUAUAUAGCUAACAUUCUUACAUUCUUUUCUUUCCUUUUUUUUUGCCAAAUGUUUCAUGAUAAAUCUCAUAACUACAUGCAUUCUUCUACUUAGGAUUAAACUGAAAAUACUGUAUUAGCAAAAGUCUUUGGGACUAUCUAGAUUCCCACACAUGGAUAAACCUGAUUUGGAGAGAGAAAAUUAGAAUCUUGAGUGAAAGGUGAUAGUGACAUUUUCAAACAGUUUUUUAAAAUAGGAGACAGCUUUGUAUGCUUUUGUGUAGUUCAGCCUCAAGAACAGAUAAAAAGAGACUGCUCAUCAUGACACAGAGCCCAAGGAAGUAAUUUCUUGGAGCCAUAUUCACCCUGCUGUACAUCAUGGGAAAAUUAGGAGCAUUAAUAAGAAAUUUCAGUUCAGUUAUUUAGAAAAAUAGGCUACUUACUGAGAUCUGUUUCUUCGACUGCACAUUUGCUCUUGAGGGAUGGCUUCUGUCAGAAGUGAAACCAUCACCAGAACUGGGCCUAUUAAGAAGAAAAGGGUUUUGGUUAUUUUUUAUGUCAAUAAACUUCAACCAAAAGUCCAUACUGGCUAUUAUCAUACCAUCUGGAUAGGCAUUAAAACCUUCAUGAUAAUCAGCCUUGAGAUUCUGUUUAUCUUGAGUUGGGUUUCUAUGAAGUUUGUCAGAGUGGACCUGAAGGAGCAAAGCUACUAAGGAGAGAGAGGCUACAGGACUAGCCCAGGAUUUCUAAGACAUAGGCCAGGUCAACGGAGUUUUCGUGAACUACAUAACUUGCCAGGGUUCAUCUCGUCUUUUCAUCACAUAGAUUCAGCCACACAGAACAGUCCACUGUUCACGAACUGUGUGGGCUAGGUUGAGAAAAGACGUACAAGUGAGCCAAGUUUGCUAAGCUGCGUGUGCUAGAGGACACAGACACCUUUACCGCCCCUCUGCUCCCAUCAGAGGUGACACAAGGAAGCUCUGCCUAACACUUAAGAAAAAAAGCUUUAACACAGGAACACUACAGUUGCCGGCUGGCUGAGGGAAAUCAGUAAGGGAAGGGUUUCACAUCAUGGCAAAAGCUGGAUCAUUUUACUCAAUUAAGUAGGUUCCUCUAGUUGUACAGAGUAUUGAUAUGAGCUAAUUCUUCUCAGUAGAUAGUACAGUGGACUUGACUUUCAGAAGUAACAUUCAAGUUGGGGUUCAUGGUCCCACUGUCAUUUUUUCUUAACAAAAGUAAACACUGGUUACAAGACACAUGGCAAGUGUUCCCUUCUGUGCUAUUACAGAGGGCUCAGUUCAUGGAAUGCAUACCCUCCAGUUCUGUGACCAUCUCUUCCAGGGGUAUCAGAAUCAUGAUAAAAGAGAGAGAGCUAGUAAAUACAAUAGAAACAUUACAAGGAUGGCUUAGAAGUUCUCUGUGAGCAAUUGUGUGUCUGUAGCGGUCUUGAACCAAAGUCUACAAAUCCCGACACACUGAACUAUGAGCAAUUGCUAUUUGCCCAUCUUGCCAAAGUGGUCCAAACACACUUCACUGAGGAUAGUUAUGUUCAGCCGUUCCUCACUUUGACCAUGGAGUGUAUCCUCACUAUUAUUCUUCAUCUGUUAUUGGCAAAUACAUGCUUGCAUCUUUCCAGAGGCAAAGAUGGUGUUCUCUUUGAGACAUAAGCACAUCGCUUAACUACAUAGCAAGGUUAUUACCACUUGCACUCAGGAGGAAAGGAAAUAGCUAUUGCAAAUUAAUCUGUGCUAUGUUAUAAAGUAAGCUUUUGGGAGUGUAUGAAUUUAGCUCUAGGUAAGCAGAAUGCACACAUCAUUCAAAACUGAAUUGCAAAGAUCAGAACAAGUGGCCAUGCUGGACAUCAGAAAAAACACACCUUAUUGCCAUCAAGAGAACUCGUUCCUUCAUCUAAAAGCCACAAUAUCAUCUUUCAUAUUUAAAAAAAAAGUUUCCUUCUGAAAUUCAAGAUGAUUAAAAUUAGGUGGAUUGGUUUUCCUAAUUUUUAUGUCUUGGUGCUUUUAGAGUCUAUUUCGAGUUGAAAAGUCCAGCAAGGUCAGAGAGGGUUAUGGCAUUUAAGGUCUGGCUGUUGCAGUUUUUAGCCCAGAGUGACAUACUGAAAUCAGCAAAUAACCUUAAUUACUUUAUACUGACACAGCACAACUGCCUUGUUAUGAAUUUUUUCUUAAAUGCAUAUACACUGUAUUUAAAAAUUAAAAUAUAGAUACCAAUUUACCAAAGAUACAUACUACUAAUUCUAAGCAAAAAAUUAAAAAAAGAAACCCAAACUCAUCGUAAUUUAAGAAAUAAUAAUCAAAAUGUAGUUUGUCUUAAGAAUUUAGCAGGUAUACUGGAAAAUGCAUUUUCAACUGCUAUGUCCUAAAGUUUAUGUUCAAAUGGUGCCAGUGAAUUUUUAUAUGAAGGGAAAAUGCCUGCUUUUUUUUUUUUUUCAACAGCUGUAAUUUCACUUACCCCUUUGCGCUUGCCCUUAGUUGCCACUUAACAUACAAUAUUGGCUUUACUUAUCUCUAGAAAGAAGGCAUGCUACAAAUAGGAAGGAAUUGUAAUAAUGAUAUUUGGCCUCUACUUUGUCUUAGCUGUUAAACUGUUUUUAGUAUUUUUGUUAAAUAUUUGCAAAGGGAAGCAUUUUCUACAGAGGAUAAUUAAUUUCAAGAAAAAUAUCUUGAGUUUUAAGAAAUAAACAUCUCCAGAAAAGGAGACAGCCGAUUUUAUAAAAUGUCGCAACUCUCCAACAUUUGGGGUAGUGACUCCUUUUUUGUUAGGACAUUUGAAACUAGAAAGCAGCCAUUGUUUCUAAAAAAAAAAUUCAGCCUUCAUGUUGAUUCAUGUCUCUUUCACUUCAUUUUGAAAUAGCUAAAAUCAUUAAAACUGUAAAUAUUUUGUUGCUUGGAUAAGCAUCUUCUGAGAACUUUGUAUCUAUGGUAUAUAAUCAUAGAAUUUUAUAUUUUCAUAUAAAGCUAAUUUUUUUCUAGUUUCAACUCUGUCAUAGUUUUUUUGUUUUUUUUUUUCCUUUGUGGUGGAUAAUGUGAAUUCAACUUUCUGUGUAUUGAAGUAGCAAGAACCAUCUUUGCAUUCCAAAAGAAUCCCACAUGUGUUAUUUCUUUGAGGAAGUGAUUGUGAAAGUUGGGUUUUCUUUUUUAAUUUCAUUGACCAUUUGUGCAAUAGGAAUUAGACAUAAUUAGUCACUGAAUACAGUCGUUGCAUUGACCCAUUUGGAAAAAGUGGUUUUUUUGGUUUUUUGGUUUUUUAAUUUGUUCGGGGGGUUUUGUAACCUGAAAUUUUUCCCUUUUUUCUUCUGUUUAAAACUAUAUGAAAUCAUUCUAUUAUAGUGUUAUUUAAUAUGUAAAUUGUAUUGCUAUACAUAAAAUAAAGUAUGGUUUUUGAUGUA